AAAAAAAAAAAAAAAAAAAAAAACCAAAAACAAAACAAAAUUAAAAACAGAAUUAAAUAUAUUAAAAUAUAAUUAAAAUAUAAUAAUUGAAAUAAUCUCAAAUUGAAAAAAAAAUGAAUUCUACUAAAACUUUUGAAGAAACAAAACAAAAUAUAGAAAACCAAGAUCCUUUAACACAUAUUUUAGAAAAACAAGCAAAAGAAAUUGAAGAUUUUAGUAAACGGAUGAGUUUAGAAUUUCAAACAUCAUAUCAAGAAUAUAUUAAAAAACAAAAUGAACAAAAAUUAUAUCCUGAAAUUGAAACUUGUCAAUGUAAAGAAAAGGAGAAUAUAAUUCAAUCAUUAAAAUCACGUAUUGAAGAAUUAGAAAAAGAAUCUUAUAAUAAAAAUCAAGAUAUUAAAAAUCUUCAAAAAAAUGUUCAAUCACUCUUUAAUAUUAUUGUAAAGAAAGGUAUAGCAAAUGUUGAAGAAAUUGAUAUUACUAUGCCAACUAAAAUUACCAUUACAACAGAAAUUGGGGAAGAAAUUUAUGAUAAUGAAAGUACCAAACAAGUUAAUAUAGAAUUAAAAGAUCAUAAAAUAGAAAUUGAAAAAGAUAGAUUAUCAAUUGAAAAUGUUCAUUAUUAUGAUGACAUUAAAGAUAGUUAUUCAGAUUCUGCUAUAGAUUUAUUUACUGAUGAUGAUUCAUCAACUACUGGAGAUUCAAUUAAAACGGAUAAUUAUGAAGAUUCUAAUUUUGGUAAUAGUAAAUAUGAUCGACCUUCAGAAUGGCUUGACGUUUCUUCUACAUUGAAACAACGUUAUAAAAUUGAUAAAAAGAAUUUGGAUCGGUGGAAUUCUAAAAUGGCAAAUAACGGAUUAUUACCGAUUAAAUUAGUUGGAAAAGUUGAUGAAGAAAAAGAAAAAAAGAUUCAAACUCAUAGGAAAAGACAUAGUACAUCUGCUAUUUGGUUAAAAACUUAUGAAAGUAAACAGAAACAAAAGAAUCAAGAUGAAAAGUUUAGAAUUUCUUCUUUUAAUUUUACUAAAUAUGCUUUCAAUACUACUACUGAUGAUAGUAAAUCAAAACAAAAAGAUUCAAAAGAACUUUCUGCUCCUAUAUCUUUAAAGAGUUCUGUUAGUACUUCUAUAUCUGACAUUUAUACUACUUCUUUAACCAAAAAUUCUUUACAUCCUUAUGAUUUAGUAGAACAUCAUAAAAAUAAUACUAUUAAUUAUAGUAAAUCUCAACAAUUACUUUCUCAAUAUAAGUAAGUAGGAUAGGAGGUAAAAAAUUUUGGGCGGAGUUAUGUGAAGGAACGUUAUUUGAUAAUAAUAAUAAUAAUAAGAGGAACAUUGUAAAACAUUCAAGACUUUGUAAAAAAAAUUUUGUAUUAUUUAUUUUAUUUUUAUUUUUUUAUAUUUAUAUUUAUUUUUAUUAAUAUAAAUACACGAUGUAUGUAAAGAUUUUAUUAAUAAAGUCGAUACACAUAAUAC